AUGCAUAUACUCUCGGGGAAGGCUGUCUUUCAGGUGCCCAAAGCUCUUGCUUGGAGCUGGCCGAGCAGAUGUCUUUCUGGUAUUUCAAGGACCAUUCAAGAGGUUUUUGAUAACCCGCCAGAAACAAACAGCACCAUCACAACUCAUGGCCACAUCAAGUCUAUUCGAACUUUCAAGAAUAUCGGAUUCAUAGACAUAACCGACGGUACCAUCUUUCAGACUCUCAACGUUGUUCUUUCGAACCCCGAGGAUGUCUUUGCUCUGGGAAAAUACAAAGUAGGUCAGAGUGUCUCCAUUUCAGGACUGUGGGUUCAGUCGAAAGGAAAUCAAAAGUACGAGCUACAAUAUGACCACCAUAACCCUCACCAUUCUAUCAAGUUGAUUGGAGUUGUCUCAGAUGAUUAUCCUAUUCAGAAGAAAGUACAGUCAUUAUCUUAUUUGAGAAGCGUGCCUCAUCUUCGCCAUCGGACAGCCACAUUGGCUUCCAUCUUGCGAUUCAGAUCCCGCGUUGAGCAACACGCUAUGAAUUUCUUUGCUAAAAAUGGAUUCACGAAAGUGGCACCACCACUCAUCACGUCCUCUGAUUGUGAGGGUGCAGGCGAAAUGUUCUCGAUCGAACCAUUCACCAAAGCAGACUCGAAGGAGAAGUUUUUUGGCCAAGAUGCUUUUUUGACCGUUUCCACACAAUUGCAUCUUGAAGUGUUGGCUCCCUCAUUAAACCGAGUUUGGACUCUCACUCCAUGUUUUAGGGCUGAGCAGUCCAAUACUAAUAGACACCUCAGUGAGUUUUGGAUGUUAGAAGCAGAAGUUUGUUACGUGGAGAACAUAUCGCAAUUGACCGAUUUAGUUGAAGAUUCUAUUAGGCUGAUUGCAAAGGACUUAAAAACAGAUCCGCCAUUACAGGCUGGAGGCUUGAAUGACUUGACGAAAGCAAGAUACUCGGAAUCUGAGCAGCUAUUAGUCCAACAACGAUGCGACUCUUUGUUAGGAGAAAAUCGUUGGCCAAGUAUUACUUACACAGAAGCCAUUGAUAUUAUUAAUUCUGUCAAGAACAAGGGACGCCUGAAAAAUAGAAUGACCUGGGGAGAUUCUAUUCUGACAGAACAGGAAAAAUGGCUAGCUGGAACACAUUUUCAAUCGCCUGUAUUUGUCACAGAUUAUCCAAGGGAACAGAAGCCUUUCUAUAUGCCUCUUUCCAAAUAUGGCUUGGAUAAGGAACGUCCAACUGUGGCCUGUUUCGACUUGAUAGUUCCUGAAUUCGGUGAACUCGUAGGAGGCUCAUUGAGAGAACACCGCCACGAUGAGUUACACCAAGAAAUCAUUAGACGAGGUAUGAAUGCCGAAUCAAUGCAAUGGUAUCUUUCUCUUCGCCAAAAUGGAACGGUGCCGCACGGAGGCUUUGGCAUGGGCUUCGAAAGACUUAUUGCAUACCUUGCAGCCAUAGAGAACAUCAAAGAUAUAUCUGCAUUUCCUAGAGCACCGCAGAUAUGUCCUUGCUAA